AUGGCUGAUGAUAAUAAGGAUGAUUCGAGUGCAGGAGAGGUUUACAUAAACUCUUCUAGCCUAAGCGAAAAUCAAAUAAAGGCUCUGGAUCAACUGCUACAGUUUCAGUGCUUCAGGCUCGAGAAGAAGCUUAACUCGCUUCAAUUGAAACGCAAGCAUUUAUCCGAGGGAAAGGAUGUCCAUGUUGGCCUCGCAGAGUUAAUUUCGCGUGAGAUAAUAGAGGCGGCUGAGUUUUUAUCGAAUUCAUCCGAGCAUUCCCUUAAACAGGAAGAACAUGGAUUAAACAAGGUAAAAUUUGGACCCAAAACGAGAAUUCAGGAUGAAAUCACAAGAAUAAUUGAUAACAUAAAUCUACGGGAGUCUUCUGAACCUAAACAUGUACAAUUUGUGGAAAGUGAGGAGGAUGAGUCAUCGAGCACAUCUAAAGAACAGAGUAACGAAAAGGAGGAGGUCUUUGUGAGGAAAAACAAGAGAUCAUCUACGUUGCCGAACCCUAACGACAAAAUGAAUUUGUUAAACGACGCCCGGUUGGUUAUUUUGCCAGCCGACUGUUCGAACGCCUGUAGAACAACGUAUUUUGCCUCACUACGACAAUUACAAUUAUUAUUAGCUGGAGAAGUACAGCUGAUACUGCACAAUAAGGGGACCUGCAAGCCCUGCGCAUUUGUAUACAAUAAGAAAAAAACGUGCCGAAACGGACCGAGUUGUGGAUUCUGCCACCACGAAGAUCAUGCUUUAUGUACAGUAAAAAGAUGGAAAAAACAGCAAAAACUAGUCUCAAGCGGAAGCCUAACAUCUGAGGCAAUUCAGCAGAUUAGGAGAUCUAAUUCGGAAGUCGGAUAA